CCUUUCCCUUCCACUUUUUGAAUUACGUGCAGACUGUGUUCCAUAUAUAAAAAUCCUACAAGCCUAGUUACCCACUCCAAAGAAAAAUUAAAAGCAUUUGGUCCUACAUUAUUUGAUUUCGUUUUAUGAGACCAAGAAAAUCACAUCUACAGGUGAAGGCACUGAGAAGGAAAGACAGAAUCUUGGGUGGUUCACAUUUGGGAGUUCUUGUUGUUGUUGUUGCAAGUACAGAUCAGCAGUGGUUCUAUCUCAGUUUGUCCUGUUUCAGUUUUGAAGGGGAUCCUGGCUAAAUGUGGUAUACAAGGAGUUGUUGUUUCAUGGGGCUCUGAUCUUGGAAACUGUGUGAGCAAUGUUAUGGGCCAAAAGGGUUUGAGGAGAAGGCUGUGCUUUUGGUCUGAGAGGUUAUUUUGUGGGUCAUUCUUUCUGGGUGGAAAUUGGGGUUGUGAGUAGAAGAGUGAAGAAGGCUUUCUGGUGGCUCUGAGAAGAAACCAAUUUGAUUCUUCUCUGGUUGGGGCUCCAAGGGAGGUCAUUGAAGCUUUGAGGGUAUUGUAUUUGGUUUUUAUUUAGGAAAUUUUGCGGUUCUUAACAGACCCUGUAGCUUGUCAUUCACAGUUGUGAUUUGCUGUCAAGAAAUUUUAGUUCAGAUAUUAGAAAUGCAGAGUACCCAAUUGUGAGUAUCAUUGAUGUGGUUGGAUAUUAGAAGAUUAGGAUUUGGUGUGCUGUUGUAUCCUGGUUCUCUAUCAAACAAUUGAGGGGCAAGAGUGUUUUCUCUUCCCUUUUUCGGAGUCUUUACUGGCUUUAGAUAAGAUACUUUGUGCAUUUGAGAUAAAGAUUUGGAGUAUCAGAGUAGUUUAGAAUGGCCGAAGAUACACAAGAAAUGCGAUCAUUGGCCUUGACACCAACAUGGUCUGUUGCUACUGUGUUGACAAUUUUUGUGGCUGUUUCUCUGCUUGUGGAGCGUGGCAUUCAUCGGUUAAGCCAUUGGUUGCGGAAAACUAAUCGUAAGCCCUUGCUUGAAGCUGUGGAGAAAAUGAAGGAAGAGUUAAUGCUGCUUGGAUUUAUCUCUCUUCUUUUGACGGCUACCUCAAGCACAAUCGCCAAUAUUUGCAUUCCAUCAAAAUUCUAUGAUAGCAAGUUUUCUCCAUGUACAAGAAAAGAGAUUGACGAAGAAAAUGAUACUAAGACUUCUGAGGAACGCAAAUUAUUGAUGUUUACUGUUCUGCCCCAUACGUUUAGGAGAAUGUUAAAUGGCUUGAAUGCAAAUACCUGCAAAGAGGGUUAUGAGCCAUUUGUUUCAUAUCAAGGUCUUGAGCAGUUGCACCGUUUCAUCUUUGUGAUGGCAAUAACACAUGUAUCCUACAGCUGCUUAACGAUGUUGCUGGCUAUAGUGAAGAUUCACGGUUGGAGAGCAUGGGAGGAUGAGGCUCAUAUGGACAGGCAUGAUUCAUUGACCGAAAUCACACGGCAGAUGACAAUGCGAAGGCAGUCUACUUUUGUAAAUACAUCAAAUCCUUUGGCGAGGAAUAGUUUCUUUAUCUGGGUGAUAUGCUUCUUCAGGCAAUUUGGGCGUUCAGUGGUUCGUGCUGACUACUUAACACUCCGCAAGGGUUUCAUCAUGAAUCAUAACCUUACACCAAAGUAUGAUUUUCACAGCUAUAUGAUUAGGUCUAUGGAAGAGGAAUUCCAACGAAUAGUUGGUGUGAGCGCUCCACUCUGGGGAUUUGUCGUUGCUUUCAUGCUGUUUAAUGUACAAGGGUCUAAUCUUUACUUCUGGAUUGCAAUCAUUCCAAUUACUCUAGUCCUUCUUGUGGGAAUGAAGUUGCAGCAUGUUAUUGCAACCCUUGCAUUGGAGAAUGCUGUUAUAACCGGAUCCUAUCCAGGAGCAAAGCUUAGGCCUCGGGAUGAUCUUUUCUGGUUCAAGAAGCCGGAACUUUUGUUGUCAUUAAUCCAUUUUUGUCUAUUCCAGAAUGCGUUUGAAUUGGCUUCAUUCUUUUGGUUUUGGUGGCAGUUUGGGUACAAUUCUUGCUUCAUCCAGAAUCAUACACUUGUGUAUUUAAGGCUGAUUUUAGGGUUUGCGGGGCAAUUCCUGUGCAGCUACAGCACCUUGCCACUGUAUGCGUUGGUUACACAGAUGGGAACGAAUUAUAAGGCUGCACUAAUCCCACAAAGGAUAAGAGAAACCAUACACGGGUGGAAAAAAGCAGCUAGGAGGAAAAGAAGGCUUGGCAUAUAUAAUGAUGAUUCAACCAUACACACAUGUACAGACACAAGCACAGUAGUGUCAGUUGAGGAAGAUCAUGAAUUUCUCGAUGGCCCAGCAACUGAUGCCAAUAUGCAUAAUGAAGUUGAGUUGCAACCAGUUUCUAGUUUGAUGAGCAGUCCUCACCCAGUUGCUAAUGAAACAUCAAGUAGGGUAGGUACACCCCUUCUUCGGCCAUCAUCAUCUGUUUCUUCAUCAAUUGUGAAUUCUCAACCAGAAACUGUUCCAAGAUCUGCAUCAAUGAAGUAGCAAUGGAAUGAUGAUGAUGAAGAAUACUAGGAAAAAGAAGUGUGGAGUUUACUCCCUCCUGCAUGCAAUUCGAAAGAUACUGAUGAGGUUUACAGGCCAUAAAAUACCCUACUGAAUGGUGAAGUGUUACAUGAUAUUGCUGAAAAUAGAG